AUGAGAUCAACAACAAUAGAUGGCGACUCGAAGUCCGACGACGCUGUGAAGGCAGACUCCACGAAUGCUGAGCCACUUGCUCCUCCUCCUCGACCUGCGCCGCAAGUGUCGAAUACUCCCGAUUACUUUUCAGGAAACCACGGUCUCUCUCACGAAACCAACCCCUUCGAGUUUUCUUUUGGUGGCGGUGCCUCGAAUGGUGGACAAGUUCAGACACCUGGUGGUACUAAGCUACCGUCCGUGGCUGCGCUGACUUCGCCGGCUGGCAUAUUGGGGUCAGGAACUACACCUAACUUCUGGGGAGGCCUGCGAUCGGGUCCUCUAAGUCCUGCGAUGCUGUCGGGUCCUCAAAAGGAGGACUACUUCAGCGACGGGCACCACCUGCGAGGCGGGUUCCCUACACCUAACGAAUCUGGUUUGCGCUCUGGAUUGACACCUGGUGGAGGUGGUUCUAUGUUCCCAGAGCCAUCUCCUAACUCGCAAGCUCUCUUUAACUCACUCGCUUCCGGUGGCGCUACACCCACUACACUAGACUUCCACCGCACUGCUAUGAACGCAGCUGCGGCACAGAAGAGAGAAACUAUCCAAACACAACCCAACAUUACUUCUCAACCUCAGGACAUUGCCAAUGGGUUGGAAGUGAAACCUCCUAUGCAAGGUCAAUUUGAUCAACACGAGGCCAACGACGCCGCUAACGGUCUAUACUUGCUCGCUCAAGCUCGUAACGGACCUCAACCUACCAAUCAUUACACGAUGGCACAACAGAUGCCAGUUCAUGCUCAUCCCCAAACCAUCCAGAUGGGCGGUCAAUCAUCAGAAACAUCUCCGAAUAUGGCCAACCGAAAUGGUGGAUCCAUCAGCACUACAUCUGGUCGUGGUGCCAGUGAGAUGAGUGGUUUCUCUGAUGAGAAUGAUCAACAGAGUAGACCAAACACGCGUGGCAAGGGGAAGAGAAACUCUACCCACGAAACAACUCCAGUCAACGGUCGACGAAAAGCUAAUGAGGCGCCCGCGGCAAAGGCUCCUGCUAAUAAGAAGUCGAAAGCUAAUAAUGGCAACUCUAUGAGUAUGGAGCCGCCCUCCGAUGACGAACAAGAAGAGAACAAAGGUGACGAAUAUCAUGCCAAUGGUAAGAAGAUGACCGAUGAGGAGAAGAGAAAGAACUUUCUCGAACGUAAUAGGGUUGCUGCUCUUAAGUGCAGACAACGUAAGAAGCAAUGGCUCGCCAACUUGCAACAGAAGGUUGAGAUAUACACGCAAGAGAAUGACAAUCUCAACGCUCAACUAUCCGCUUUACGUGAGGAAAUCGUCAACCUCAAGACAAUUCUCAUGGCCCACAAGGACUGUCCUGUCUCCGCACAGCAAGGCAUUUCCGGUAUAGGCAUGCAUCAAAUGCUAGAGAGUUACCAAGGACAGAUGAAUCCUUAUGGCAUGGCUAUGAAUGCACAGCAACAACAGCAGGUCAUAGCUGGUCAGAAUAUGCAACGACGAUACUCAUAA